CAAAUAUUAGGAUACACUAAGAUAGGGUUUGAUUGGUAUAGAUUAAACGGCUUUUCUUCACGGUUGUUUUGAUUUCAAAACUAAGAUAGUGACUCGAAACUUCAAAAUCAAACAAGGUCCAUCAGAGAUUAUGAUUCGAUAUAACAUAUAAAAAAAGUGUAUACGUGUGUAAUAUUGCAACAUCUUAUAACAGAAUUCGACAAUUUAAGGGACAAUUUUAAAUAUGUAUACAUUUUUUUCAUAGCAAAUUAAAGCAUAGUGGCUUUUCAGUUGCAUUGCUAUGAUAUGAUCGAAUACGUGAAAAAAGUUGACAUGUGUAAUAUUGCAACAUCAUGAUAACAAGUAUUUGUUAUUGAUAAUAUCGUCUGCCUCGUCAUGAGGAUAACGUGACCUCCAUGUGAUUAAAAUGUAAGUCAUGUACUAAUAUAUUUGUGUAACUUCAAGUUGUUCAAUAAAACCGGUAAAUGUGGUUGACGACAAAGGCACCAUGAAUAACUAUGAACGAGAUCCAUUGCUUGUAAACAGUGAUGACGAAAAACGAUCUAAGCUUGUUCAAGCUGCAUGGAGUUCUAAAAAGACUACAAACAGUCGUUUCUCUGCCAGAACAAGAAAUCUUUUAAUUGCAGUAAUGAAUGUUUUCUCAAAUGUUCUUAUGAAUGUAUCACUUCCCGUCUAUGCUGGAACUAUGGAAGUUAUUGGAAGCGAUAUUUUUGUUCUUUUGUUCAUUACGUGUUGUUCCAUAGCUGUUGUGUUUACUCUUUUAACAUUGUUCGUAAAAUAUUCUAAGAUUGACAGUACUGCAACUUUGAGACCAACAUCUAGUUAUAAAAUUCUCUUUAUGAUGGGACUUUUUACAGCUAUGAACGGUAUUCUUGUGGUGUAUGCCAGUCCGCCAAAUAGAACACCACCGUAUUUGCAGGGUAUUUUGCAGUCAUCAGUCAUUCCAUUUACCGUGUUACUAAGAUUGCUUAUACUGCGAAAAGGUAUUAGCAUUGUUCGUGGUAUCUGCACUAUGAUAGUACUUGUUGGAAUAUUCAUUACUAUAGAACCUCAGAUAUGGGGUUUAGAUGCAGAUGCUGGUGGAACGGGAACAAACCCAGAGUCGACCGGUGCUAGAAUUCUGUGGCCAUUUUGUUUCCUGAUGGGGUUUCUUCCAGUGGGUUUAAUGAAUGUUUUUUGUGAAAAAGAACUUCAAAAAGAAGAGGGUCAGUCGUUCAGCUUCAUAACAUGGGGUCAAUAUUUUCAGACUGCUAUAAUGGUCUGUUUCUUCUGGGUAGAUUUUGUUCCAGGUUUCGGCAGUUCCUCAUCAGGAAAAGAUUUUUUUCAUCGAUUACAAAGGGGUCUGCACUGCAGUUUCAGUACAGAAAGUUCAUGUAACAAUCUUGGUGGGAAAGCAUGGCUGUUUUACACCGGAUAUACAUUCGGAAACUUAUUCCAGUUUCUGCUGAUUCAGUAUGCCGAAGGCGCAGUAUAUGCCGUUGUAGUUCAAGCGCUAGUGUCACCUAUAGCUGCGUUAUUUUGGAAUUUAUUCCAAUACAAUCCUCAAACUGAUGUUUUCCAAUACAAACCUACAAUGGACACUACAACAGCUUUCACAUUUGGCGGAUUACUACUUAUAUUUCCGGGAGUUAUUCUUUAUAACUAUUUUAGUGGAAAAGAAGGAAGUGAAAAAGUACAGAACCAAGAGCUUGAAGUUCAUGCUUAAACAGUCUGAAUAUUAACUUGUUGACUUCUUAUAACCCUUUUGUGCUAUUGGUUAUCCUUAUGAAGGGUGAAGGAUCAUUCUCGGGCCGUCGGGAAUUGGAAUUUCUUUUUUACACUUGUCGGAACUCGGGAACUCAAUUGUAAUUUUCUUGAUCCUGGAAACAAAUGCCUUAUUUUUCAGAAAUUUGCGACCCCGCGUUUUUCAUACCGGGAAUUCGAGAUAACGACUCCUACACCCUCUCACAUAAUAAAAAAGAAGCUAAUUACAGAAUACUUUAACGGUUCGAUAUCGAACGACAGAUUUAUUACCGGUAACGCUUACUGGACAAAAUUGUAUGCAUAUUUAUGAGAAAUGUUGUGUUGUGUCAACUGAUUUUGUGUUGUGUCAAAUCAUUAAUGGACUUGGUUAUUUUGCCAUUGAAAUUUAGGGUGCAUUACAUGUUGCGGGAACUUAGACCAAGUGGAUACGGUUAGGUGUCCUUUUAUGUCAGUUUCUUUCGAUAUGGAAUGUCGUUAUCUAUAGUUAUUUAAUCAUAACAAUCUUUUCCAAUAAUUAAAUUUGUUUGAACUAUUGUAUUUUUAUGUAUUUAAACACAAGACAUUCGACUAUUCAAUUGUACCUAUUGAGAACCCAAUAAUGUUAUAAAUAUUGCUGGUUUUUAUUUAUUAUUUAGUGAGAGGAAAUCAUCUUCAUAACAGAGCGUGAAGUUAAAGAAUAAUGCUACAUUCUUUAACUUUUAAUUCUUUGUCAGACUCUCCUUCUUCAAUUCUGUCAUGAGUGCACUUAGGGACACAUCUGCAAGAUGAGGAGCACAUUUGGUUUCCAUAAGAAUGCCAAUUUUGUUGUUGUUGGCAUUAAUGUAUCAUUAAUCCAGACGAAAAACUAGAUAUGUGUAUGAACGAUAGAAGACAAUUCUCUUUUUGUUUUAUAAAAAGAGUAAGUUAAUUUCGUUCAAUCUUAAAAAAAAUAUGUUCAUGUUAAUUUAAGAUUGCAGUUGUAAAAAGUUCAUAA